AUGGAAAACCCACGGAAUCGCAAACAGCGCCGCGCGGCAGCUGGAUCUUCCUCGAACAAAGACGAACCCGAAAUUGCCAUGGCCCACCCCCCACGCAAUGAUCCGACCCAAAACAAACCAUCCGUUGAGCGCACACUAUAUGACAUCAUCGCAGAGCGACAAAGCGGACUGCAUCCAAAGGGAGCUAUUCCAGCUUCAGUUGAAGCACAGGGUAUACCGCCGCAGUCAGGGGGAACGCGAUUCGUGACGGUCAACGCAUCCGGGGAAUUGGUCGACACCGACGGCGACAUCAACAGCCAUCUCUCCAAUCCCACGCAAAACGGGACCCGUAAAAGUCCACCGGGUGCCAAUGGCACCACUUUGAAGCCAUCCGACUCUGAAUCCGAACCCGACAAACCCCUCCCCCCACUCCUCGACACAAUCCUCCUUUCCCUGCCCCUUACCACCCUCCACCUUACCCUGGGCUACCUCGCCGCACAUCAAUACGCCGAAAGAAUCGAUCUGCCAAAACUCUUCAAAGAAUCCGUGACAACCGUAUUCCCUCUCCUUACUUUAUUCGUCCACCUCGCACACGGUCAUAUCCUCUCCUUCAAGAAGCGCAGCUCGAAGGGAAAACCUGCUCCUCUUAAUGUGUUCCCCUUGACAAGGGACAAACUGACCUUUUCAUUCCUCCGACGGCUGGUUUUCCCGCCUGCGCUGAAGACUCUGGUUUUUCUUCCUCUUGCUGCGGUGCUGGGCGCGCAUCUGAUCGCUAUCACGAAUGGAGAGCCGUAUUAUGCGAUCAUGAAGAAGGCGCCUGCUGUUGGGACUAUUUGGAUUUGGUGUAUUCUAGAGUUGUCCUUUGGGGCGGCUGUGCUUGGGGCGUUGGGACCUAUGAUUUGGGGAGUUUGGUGGAUGGGGUAUGGCAUUAUUUGA